GCCUGAUGUAGCUGAAAUUGCACUCAAAAGUAUUUGGGCUUGAACAAAAGACACAACAUUUAUUUCGCAAUGAAACAAAUUCUAUUGGUUGGCCUAACAAUUCUCGCUGUGGCUUCAGCUCGUGUGGCUCGAGAAGCUCCCCAAACCGAAGAGAGUCUGAAGGACAAACUAGAAUCUGGGCUGAAGGAUGUUGAGAAAUUGGUGAGUGACCUGACCAACACCGACGCUGAGGGACUCAAACAAAAAGCAGGUGAAUUUGUCGAAAAAUUCGGCACAUGGGCUGAAAAAUUAAAGGAGGAGACCAAACACCUCGAAGACAAUGAAUUAGUCAAGGAUUUACGGAAUUCACUUGAUCAUGGAGUUGAAGAGCUCAAACAGAAUAGUGAUAAACAUGUGGCCAAGUUUAAGGAAGAUCAUCCUGAGAUGUACAAUGAACUGGCCAAACACGUUGACACUUUGAAGUCUACCUCGUCAGCAGUUUUCGCCAAAUUCGAAGAGUUCGCCAACUCUGAGGAUGCUAAGAAACUGAAGGAAUCUUCACUGCAAUUCUUUGAUGACUUGAGGAAAUCCUUGCUCCCUGAGGAGCACAAAAAGGAGUAGUGCGAAUGGUAUUUAAUAACCUAUAGCACUAUGAGCCGUCAUGAUACCAAUAAAACAUAAAUUUUAUCCCAAUUCAUGACGUAGUGAUAAUUUGAGCACGGAUGAUAUGUAAAACAGAAAAAUUGGAAAUGCUGCACAAAAUUGGAAUUAAUAUCUUCCCGGCAAAGCUUUUACAUCCAAUUCCAUAUCACAUUAUAGUUUCAUCUGGGGACUGACUGAAGAAGAAAAUUACGUUUCUUCAUCAACCUUGUCAGUGACCUACGUAUAAGACCUAGAACAUAGAAUAGAAAAAGUUUUGCUUAAAUAAUGGAGGAACAAUAAAAAAAAUUGUGUGAACAUCGAAA